GAACGGUCCUACGUCAUUUGAAUAUUAUUAUUAUAAUAUUUAAUACAAAUUUUAAAUUUGAAUACAAAUAUGAGUUUCUCUUUUGAUUUGGAACAUUUUAUUAUCGAGAUAUCUCAAGAAGAGUCCAUUUGGAAUUUAGAAUCAAAAGAUUAUCACGACAAGAUUAAGAAAUAUAAAAGUUGGUCCAGGGUUGCAAAGGCUACUUUAAAUGAUUUUGACAGUCUCGACGAAACUGGGAAGAGAGAAAAAAUCAUUGAAUUGCAAAAAAAGUGGAAAAACUUGCGAGACACAUACAAAAAAAAAUGUAUUACAAAGUCUGGCCAGGCAGCUAAUAAAAAAAAAAAAUACGUAUUCUCGGAAAUUUUAGAGUUCUUGCGACCAACAAUGGAAAAUAGAAAAACAGAAGGAAAUUUUAACCACGAAAGUGACGAAGAGGAGACGGAGGACGAACAAGGCAACAAUUUGCAAACAGUGGAGGAGGAUUUAAUUGAAGGGAAUUGUGUCAAUGAUGAAAUCACUAAAUUUAAUUCAAAUCCUGUUUUGGAAACAUCAAUGACAUCUACAACAGUAAACAAAAAUGUAAAACCUAUGCCGAAACGUACGAAACCAUCAAAAAAAAUUAACUUUGAGGAUGAGUUACUAAAGUCUCUUAGGAGUGAAAAUGAAGCCACUGACCCAGACAAAUCAUUUCUAAUGUCCCUUUUGCCUCAAAUGAAAUCUAUCAGUGAGGAUAAAAAGCCAAUGCUCUACAUUGAAUUAAUAAAUGCUAUACAAAGAGUAAAAAAUAAUGAUAAUACAUCAAUGUAUCGUCAAGGAUAUAAUCAGAGCAAUUUUCCACUCGGAGGAUAUUCGCAGACAGUAUCUGGACCAACAAUGUACUCUCAACCUGCAGUAAUACAUUCUAGUCUUCCUACUUAUAAUCAUGAGUCACUGCAGCCAUCUUUUUCAGAUAGUUCUAUUAAUUUACAUUAAGUAGGUAACUAAAUGUAUCAGAAGUUUUAUAAUUUAGAACAUAUUUCACAGGACGUGCACUUACUUUUAAUAAUUUUUUUUUAAAUUUAAUUAAGACUAUUUUAAUCUAUUAUUUAUAAUCUAAAACACCAGCGUAUUUUUUUUUAUUUCACAACUAUUUCUCCUAAGUAUUGUUAAACUGGAAAAUAUUUUUUUUAUUAUAUGAAAUUAUAUAAUUUGUAUAGCUUUUUGACACAGGUUUUUUAAUAUUACCUAUAUUAAUGAUUUAAUAAUUUGUGUUAUUUUUAUUAUAAAUAUUUAGAGAACUAAGGCUGCUACAUAAAAUUAUUUUUAUUUUAUAGAGAAAAUAUAUAUAAAAUUAAUUUUGCGAUUUCA